AUGUGUAAAACCCACAUCCUCUCUUUCCUCCUCUGCAACCACACGACGAGCAAUACAAAGCCCUGCACGCCUCUAACCGGCCUCCUCACUACGCUAGGCUUCUUCACCCGCCCCUGCAGAUCCAGCUCCGCUGCCUCCUCCUUCUCCGCCGCCGCCGCAGUAGCAAGCCACGACAUCAACGACCUAUGCCCCUCUUGCCGCGCCUUCUUCACAGCCCGGAACAUCCCACCACACGUCUACCGCGACCUAGCCAUCACCUUCUUACGCACGCACCGGUCCGUUAGCAAUGACGAGGAGGACGAUGGGAGUUCAAAGAGGAGCAUCACGCCGACGAUCGGACGGCGCGGGGAGGUAGAGUUCCGCCUCGAUGCGGCGCGGCCGCUGAGUCGGUUUACGGUCGCGCCCGCGAGCGGCGGGGGUGAUGAGCGGGCGAGGCUGGAGGGGCUGGAGGCCGUGACCUGGGUUUUGGGGGAUGAGGAGGUGCCUGCGCCUGCUGGCCCUCAAGCGCAGGUGACGCUAUCGCGAUCGAGACGCGGGUCUGCGGGCUCGACGAGCUCGACGAGGACCAUCUGGCCGUCUGCUAUUGAUGAUGAUGAUAAGGGUAGGCUGGGUGAGCAGGACGAGUUUGGGCAUGCGGUUGGUGGUAUUGGUGAGGUGGGUAGGGCGGUGCUGGGCAGGACCCGUAUGGUGGUGGGGGGCCGGGAGCUGAUUGACCCAAAUGGAUUUGAGUUGGUGCACCUGGAAGGGAAGCUGGCUGGGUCAGUUGAUGGUAGGGGUUUUAAGGGCCAGACGAUAAAGAGGGACAUGAAGCCCGUGGCGGCGUUGCCAAGUGCAAGACCACAGAGGACUUUAACGGAGAGGCCGGCGCUGUCUUCAUACUAUUCAUGGAACAGUCAGGUAGACCAAGAGAAAGCCCAUCGGCGGUUCGGUUUGGUUGCGAUAGAAAGGAGGUCCAGGUCUCAAAAAGUAAACAGUAAAGAAAACCAUUCCUAUUCAAAGACCAACGUAUUUUCGCCGAAGUUUGAAGAUACAGCGUCUUGCGUGCCGCGGGUUUCUUCGUAUAUAAAAUCAAUGACAGCGACCUAUUGUAAAAGCAACACCUUAACUCCGUCAUAUGUUCCUCGGUGCGGCAAAUUCGUCAUCACGUUUGGCUGUCGUCUCAGUUCCCAACGCCUCACAUCACCACCCGGUUUGGCCUCCAAGCCGACUACGAUGCCGCAAUUGCCCGGUAUUCCCGCAGCAAUUCACAGACUGACCGACAUUCCGAUCACUCGCAAUAUCGCAGUACACACUCGUCAGCACCGUCGUGGGCACUUCAUUGAAGCUCAGGAUCCUAGACGUGACAAUCUGACCUCCAGAUUGGAAAGCAAGAAACCCAAGGGCAGGAGUUCUAACAAGUUGAUGUCCGAUGAAGGAGAAAAGAGGUGGCGAGCGUGCCGCGAGAUUUCGGGGAUGUGGAUCGGGUUGAUGCAAAAUGUGAAGCAGCCCAGGAGGAAAAGGGUUGUGAAGAAAGAUGAGGGAUUUCAGCCAAGCGAAGGGUUUGGAGCGUGGUUGGGCGGAUGCACCGAGGGCGAGGAAGAUGGUGUUUCCUAUAUCAUGAAUACUAUCAGUCGACUGUAUCUGAAGGAAGAAAAAGGGGAGAGUUCCUACCGGUUUGCAUUAUGUCUGCUCAACCGCUCAGAAGCCGCCGGACGAGCGUUGCGCAGAUGUAUAGUAGUUAAAAUGUCCAUGCUGAGACAUGGAGUAGAUAACUACCGACCUAUACCUUUUGGAAAGACUGAGAUCCUCCAGUCCGACCUAGGUAGUUCUACCGACAAUGCGCUGGAGCUCCAAUCCCAGAAAAACAAAAUCAAGCACACUACUCGGUCUCAUUCAAAGAGCGCUGCACGCUCAGAUAUGCCCCACCAGUUAUCGCCUGCCCGCACAAUGCCCCCCACCAUGAUUUCCAAAGAGGCUGGCCCAGCCCCAACUCAAGAAGAGGUCGACGGGCUCCUCGAUACUAUCUUCACUGCCGCUACCUCUGAUGCCUCCGUUUCGUCCGCAUACGCUUUGUGCGAUCUGCUCUUGAACUCCGUGGGCUUCCGGGGCCUGUCGCAAUACGGCAUCUUGGCUGCCAUCAAGAAGGCUGCCGCCGAUAAGAAGAGUGCUGCGAAAAGAGAAUGUGCCCAGAACCUCCUGGGUGCGCUUUUCGAGCGUCUCCCUCCUCGGCAAAGAAUCAGCGAGGUUGUUCUAUUGGUUCAGGAUGGAGGCAUGGUCGCCUGCGCUCUCGAUGCGUUGGCCGAUAAGAGCUCAGUCGUCCGCGAAUCUGCUCAAUACGGUCUGGAUGAGCUUUUCAAAAAUCUAAGCUCCGAGGCUCUCGUCGUUGGUCUGCUCCCAGCUCUCUCUACAUACCUCGCCAAGGCUACCGGAAAGUGGCAAGGAAGCGUUGGAGGCUUCAAGCUGCUGCAAAAGAUGGCAGACAAGGCCAAGAUGGAGGUCGGCACUAGCAAGGAAGAAGCCAACGAUAAGGAUAUUCUGCGAGAGGCCAUGGGCACAAAGCUGGGAGGAUUGAUUCCGAUUGUCGAGGCUGGAAUGCACGACUUGAAGACCGAGGUCGAGAAGCAAGCCGUUGUUACCAUGACCUCUCUCACGUCUCUCCUCUCCAAUGACGAUGUUGCACCUCGAAUCCCCCUUUUGAUCGAGACUAUGCAACACCCAUCGGUCGAGACGCUCCAGAAGGCUAUCCACGCUCUCUCCCAAACCACGUUCGUUGCAAUCGUCACUGCUCCAGUUCUCGCCCUCCUGACACCUCUCUUGGAGAGAUCCCUGAACACUCCUUCUACCGCUCAAGAAGUUCUCAGACAAACUGUUGUGGUCGUCGAAAACUUGACCAAGCUUGUCCACGAUCCGGUCGAGGCUAGAACUUUCUUGCCAAAACUGAGCCCUGGUGUAAAGUCUGUCAAGGACAGAGCCUCGCUUCCAGAAGUCAGAGAUUUGGCCACCAGAGCCUUGAACGUCAUCCACAAGGCUAUGGGUGAUGACGAUGGCAGUGCCGAAAGCGGUGUCUUGGAGAGAACCUCAUCCGAUGAUGUCUCCAAGAUCCUCGAGGCCGAGAUCAAGAAGGUCGGCGGUUUGGGCGGUGAUCUAGACGUAUUCAAGAUUGCUAGAACUUACAUCGGCGCGAUGGUCGCCGAGGAUGUCAACCAUCGUGAGGUCCGCCGUAUCGCAGCCCGUGUUGCCCCAUACCUUGUAAAUAUCAUGAAGGAAGCUGGUGCCGCUGAGAAGGUUGGAGAUGCAGUCCAGAAAUACUACGUCGAUGAGGACGAGAAAAAAUUCGGGGUCCCCGUCAAGGAAGACGAUGGCGAGAUUGAGAUUGUCAACGCCAACUUCUCUCUGGCUUACGGUGGUAUGCUUCUUCUCAACCACACCACCCUGCGCCUCCUCAAGGGACACAGAUAUGGCCUGUGCGGUCGUAAUGGUGCUGGAAAGUCUACCCUCAUGCGCAGUAUCGCCAAUGGGAAGCUCGAAGGUUUCCCUCCCCAGGAUGUCCUCCGCACAUGCUUCGUUGAGCACAACCAGGGUGAAGAUGCAGACAUUAGCAUCUUGCAAUUUGUUGCCAAGGAUCCUGCCGUUGCUGAUCAAGGUCUUGAGCGUAUUUCCGAGGUUUUAGCUGAAGUCGGUUUCACCCCAGGUCCUGAGGGACGCCAAUCUGAGAAGGUUGGAUCGUUGUCCGGUGGAUGGAAAAUGAAGUUGGCUUUGGCCAGGGCUAUGUUGAUGAGAGCUGACGUUCUUCUUCUCGACGAACCUACGAAUCACUUGGACGUUGCCAACGUCAAAUGGUUGCAAGAGUAUCUCAAGUCGCACACCGACAUCACCAGUUUGAUCGUUUCCCACGACUCCGGUUUCCUGGACGAGGUCUGCACAGAUAUCUACCAUUACGAGCCAGGGAAGAAGCUUGCAUGCUACAAGGGUAACUUGGCAGCUUUCGUCAAGCAAAAGCCCGAGGCCAAGAGUUACUACACCUUGUCCGCUUCAAACGCUCAGUUCAAGUUCCCACCUCCCGGUAUACUCACGGGUGUCAAGUCCAACACUCGUUCGAUUCUCAGAAUGACCAACUGCUCUUAUACAUACCCCGGUGCUAGUAAGCCAUCGCUCCACGACGUCUCCUGUCAACUUUCUCUCUCCUCCCGAACUGCCAUUAUUGGAGGAAACGGUGCUGGAAAGUCAACUCUGAUCAAGCUCCUCACCGGCGAGACUAUCCCAACUUCUGGUCGCGUCGAGAAGCAUCCCAAUUUACGUAUUGGUUACAUCAAGCAACACGCUCUCGAGCACGUCGAGAUGCACUUGGAAAAGACCCCCAACCAAUACCUCCAGUGGCGUUACGCCAACGGUGACGACAGAGAAGUCCACAUGAAGCAGACUCGUGUCCUUUCUGAGGCGGAUAAGGCGCAGAUGGAGGUCACAAUCGACCUGAACGAUGGCAAAGGUCCCCGCCGCAUCGAAGCCAUCAUGGGACGUCAAAAGUGGAAGAAGUCGUUCCAGUAUGAGAUCAAGUGGCUGCACAUGCUGCCCAAGGAAAACACACAAAUCUCCCGCGAGACCCUCGUCGAGCGCGGCUUCACAAAGUUGAUUCAGGAGUUCGACGAUCACGAGGCAUCCCGCGAAGGUCUUGGCUUCCGUGAGCUCUCCCCCAAAGUCAUCUCCAAGCAUUUCCAAGAUCUAGGACUCGACCCUGAAAUCGCCGAUCACAACGAGAUCAGCGGCCUUUCCGGAGGACAAAAGGUUAAGGUCGUCUUGGCUGGAGCCAUGUGGAACAACCCCCAUCUGCUCGUCCUGGACGAACCGACCAAUUUCUUGGACCGUGACUCGCUCGGUGGUCUCGCCGUCGCUAUUCGCGACUACAAGGGAGGUGUGGUGAUGAUUUCUCACAACGAGGAGUUCGUGGGUGCGCUGUGCCCUGAGCAAUGGUACGUCGCCGACGGUCGCGUCACCCACAAAGGUAACUUCGCUGUCGCCGCGGAUCGAUUCGAGGAUUCAAGCCGUCCUGGGUCUGCUUUCAACAGCAGUGUGGCGAGUAGUGCAAUUAGCAGUGCUGUAUCCAGUGCUCAGGUGAGCGCUGCCAAUAGUGGCACGGAGGAUAAUGGGGAUAUGGCAUUCCGCGCGAAGAAGAAGAAGAAGAUGACGAAGAAGGAGUUGAAGGAGCGAGAUGUUAGACGACGAUUGAGACAUAUUGAAUGGCUCAACUCCCCCAAGGGUACCCCUCACCCGGUGGACACCGACGACGAGUCCUAA